AUGACUCGGGUGCGUCCGAAGCUCGUUUUCUCUGGCUUCACCAAGGCCGAGGUACUUCCCCUUUGCCUCUUUCGUCUGUGUCUCUUCGCGCUCACUCGAAUGUAUGCCUCCAGUUUUACCAGUUUAGAUUUUCGGCUUCCUGUUUUGCAAUGCGUAACUGUCUCUUUCUCAUCCAUGGCGGCGGCGAGGAAACCGCAGACGGAGAAGAUGGAGAAAUUGCUGGAUGAUUCGGUCCAACCUCUCAACACGAAGUUCUUCAAGAAUCUCGCUAGAGGUUUCAAUCUGUCUACAGGUCGUGCUGGCAAACCAGUUGUGAAAUGGACUGAGGUAGAGAGUUGGUUCCGACAGAGGCGACAAGGCAUCCACCCACCAGUUUGCUCCGAAACUGAUGCUCCGAAAGAUGGUUCGAUGUUGCUAGAGCCUAGUCCCGCGAAUGAGUCUAAUGAUACCUCCAAAAAAGCUACAGGGCAUAUGCAAGACUGGUCGACGAUGCAAUUUGAAGCAAAGUCAUCAAAAGAUGGUGCUUGGUAUGAUGUUGAGCUUUUCCUUUGCUACAGAAAACUACCAUCAGGAGACCUUGAAGUUCUUGUCAGAUUUGAAGGAUAUGGGGCGGAGGAGGACGAAUGGGUAAAUGUAAGAGAGGCAGUCAGACAACGCUCCGUUCCCGUGGAUCCUUCAGAAUGUCAUUUGGUGAACGUUGGGGAUGUAGUAUGCUGCUUUCAGGAGAGGAAGGAUUAUGCGAUUUACUACGAUGCUCAUGUGAUCGGUAUCAAGAGGAAACUGCAUGAUAUAAGGGGUUGCAGGUGCAUUUUCAAGAUACGGUACAAUCACGACGACAUGGAGGUCAGGAUCUCGAUCGCGUUGCUCUUCCCCGGGUCAAAACUCUAUUGGACCCCACGCCUACCCCACCUUUUGACUAAUCUUCCUGCGUAUAAAAAUCGAAACUUUCUUCAAUCCAAUCUUCAUCACCGAUAUUCCCCCGAAUGUUGUGUUCCUCGCUGGAAGCGUGGCACCACCGUCGUCAUCGCGCAUACGAUCCCUGAGCCGGAGCAGAGAAUUCGAUCAUCCCACAAACCCGCCGUUUCGGUUUCCUCUGCCGAACGGAUUGUGAUCGGCGUGGAUUCUAAUGAGACCAUAAUCGCAGAGGAAAAUCCCACACACGAACAGAAUCGCUGGGUUUUUUUUUAUGCAAAUCAGAAUCUUGGGUCUGGAGCUUUCGAGAGGAUCUUACUAAGACGAUGGAACGCUACGACAUUGGAGGCCGCAGUGGGGAGAAUCCCGAGCCAGAGGACGAGGGAAGCACAGCUCCUUUGCCUGAAAAGGUUGGUGACUGUUGGUGGUUCCCCAACUUACAGAAUAGAUAGAAAGCUUGGGAAAGGAGGGUUUGGACAGGUCUAUGUUGGUAGGCGAAUUGGUGCUGGUCCUGGUGCGGUAGAGGUGGCCUUGAAGUUUGAGCAUAGAAGUAGCAAGGGAUGCAAUAAUCGUCCACCAUGUGAGUGGCAAGUUUACAAUACACUUGGAGGCAGCCAUGGGGUGCCACGAGUCCAUUUUAAAGGCCGGCAAGGCGACUACUACGUGAUGGUCAUGGAUAUGCUUGGUCCGAGCUUGUGGGAUGUUUGGAAUAAUAAUUCAGACACGAUGUCGAUUGAGAUGGUUGCCUGCAUUGCCAUCGAAGCCCUCUCCAUACUGGAGAAGGUGCACUCUAAAGGAUAUGUUCACGGAGAUGUAAAACCUGAGAAUUUUUUGUUCGGGCCCUCAGGAACUCCUGAUGAGAGAAAGUUGUUUCUUGUCGACCUUGGUCUGGUUGACCAAGGAAAUGCUUACAAGUUAAAUCAUGCGUUUGUUUCAACUUUACAGCUACAAGGUGGCGUGAUAAUUCAACUGGUUUGCAUGUCGAGUAUGAUCAACGGCCUGAUGUUUUCAGGUAGAACUGGUAGCCGGAGAGAUGACUUGGAAUCUCUGGCCUACACUCUUGUUUUCCUUCUCCGUGGUCGGUUGCCUUGGCAAGGAUUUCAGGGGGAAGAUAAAGGAUUCCUUGUUUGUAAGAAGAAGAUGGCUACUUCCCCAGAAACUUUGUGUUGCUUAUUUCCUAAGCCUUUUCAGCAAUUUGUAGAGUAUGUGGUGAAUUUGAAGUUUGACGAGGAGCCAAAUUAUGCCAAGUAUAUCUCCCUCUUUGAUGGGGUUGUUGGCCCAAAACCAGAUAUUAGGCCAAUAAACACUGAUGGGGCUCAGAAGCUUAUUUAUCAGGUUGGACACAAGAGGGGACGAUUGACAAUGGAGGAGGGGGAAGAUGGAAAACCAUGUAAAAAGAUCCGAAUGGGAAUGCCUACAACACAGUGGAUCAGUAUCUAUAAUGCUUACCGACCCAUGAAACAAAGAUAUCACUAUAACGUGGCUGACACAAGACUCUCCGAGCACGUUGAGAAAGGAUACAGAGAUGGCUUGUUUAUAAGCAGUGUGGCUUCAUGCUCAAAUCUAUGGGCCCUCAUUAUGGAUGCUGGCACUGGCUUCAGUGCUCAAGUUUACGAGCUUUCUCCUCAAUUCCUCGACAAGGAAUGGAUUAUGGAACAGUGGGAAAAGAAUUACUAUAUUAGUGCAGUUGCAGGAGCUAAUAAUGGCAGCUCGUUAGUUGUGAUGUCUAGGGGUACCCAAUUCUUACAGCAGUUGUAUAAAGUUAGUGAUUCGUUUCCUAUCAAGUGGAUUAAUAAGAAAUGGCGAGAGGGGUUCUAUGUCACUGCCAUGGCCACUGCUGGAAGUAGAUGGGCUAUUGUCAUGUCUCGUGGGGCGGGGUUUUCGGAUCAGGUCAUUGAAUUGGAUUUUCUGUAUCCUAGUGAAGGCAUUCACCGCAGGUGGGAUAAUGGUUAUCGUAUAACCUCAGCUGCUGCAACUUGGGACCAAGCUGCCUUUGUUCUUAGUGUCCCACGUAGAAAACCAGUAGAUGAAACUCAAGAAACCCUUAGAACAUCUGAUUUCCCAAGUACGCAAGUCAAGGAGAAGUGGGCAAAGAAUCUCUACAUCGCGUCAAUCUGCUACGGCAGAACUGUCGCAUGAACAGCUGAAAUCUUAAUCCGAAUCCCAUCACGUGUCUCGUGAUUCUUCCACGACAUGGAACCAAAGCUUAAAAGAACGAUGGUGUCGCCAACAUGGAUCGGCAAAAACCAUGCCAUUGCCAUCGCUUAGCGUCCAGGGAGCUCGCGCUUGUGUGCACAUUCUCUCGGUCGCGAGUCUCGCGCUGAGUUGCAUUUCAUCUGGAAAGUCUGUAUGUAUAAAACCGUCGGUGAACAACAGAACCAAGUCUUUGUGUUGAGGGUCCUAUGCACAGAUCCCUGCUCCAUUGUUGAUCUGAAGCCACAAGAGAACGGCCUCUGCGGUGAGCUCCGAGCUUCCAUUCUCAGUGUCUCUGGCUUCCAUGCUCUCUGCCAUGAAAAGGCGGGCGUCGUUCGUCAGUUCAUCCCCUGUGUUCUUGGGAUGUCCCAGUAUGAUCCAAAAGACUCUGAAUGCAGAGUGAACUUUGUAUACUCUGCAAGAUCAUGUAUUUGGUCUAGUGCCGGUUUAAGGUCACCUUCUUUUACUAUUUUUUGUUUACCAUUUGAACUUCUUCUACAACAUUUUGUGGGAGGCAUGUUCUAGCCAUGUAUAUUUAUAAGGCGUGUGCUUACGCAGCUGCAAUUGCUUUCAAGAAGCUACUUAGAGCAAAGUGAUGAUAAAAAGAACAGAAUACAAAGAGGGUUUGGC